CCUAAACCUCAGCAGGAGAAGAGGGCGUUGCGUUUGUUCUUAACCACUCCUCUUCUCAUUUUCUCUACUUUGUAGACACUCAUCCAUCCAUCCAACAAAGCAAGACUCAUCUUCGGCACGCCCAUCAUGAAUCGACCAUCACGCAAUGACGAUACAGAAGCCCAUCCGCACUGGAACCAGAGUCCGCACGCUCUCAGCGGAGAUCUGACGACGAGAGCCGACCUUAAUGGCAUCGUCAAUCUCCGGGAGCAGCGUGUGAACGAGUCGAGUCUCGACAAUAACGAACCUGAUCAAAUCAACACGCAACCCGUCAAUAUCCCGGAGGCAGAUGCAAUGGCCAUGAAAUCCGCCAGCACCGUCCAGGUUGAUCCACGAGAUCCGCACCAGUCCUCGACUGAUGCAGAUCUCGCGGCCUUUCAACAACACCCACAACGGCAGCGAUCUCUGGCUCAUCGUCGUCAUUCUUCGCAGUCAUGGUUUCGGGGUUCAAACGCAGGUGGUGCAAGCCGUCCCAAACGCAUCCUUGCAAAGAUUGUCGUGACUCUGCAGAAGUACGUCAAGUUCAUCGGCCCCGGGUUCAUGAUCGCAGUGGCGUACAUCGACCCAGGAAACUACGCGACCGAUGUCCAAGCCGGUGCCGACACACGUUACCGCCAUCUCUUCGUCAUCCUGUUGUCGAACCUCUUCGCCGUCUUUCUGCAAUCACUCUGCAUCAAGCUGGGCAGUGUGACGGGUCUUGACCUGGCCGAAAACUGCCGCAAACACUUGCCCAAGUGGUUGAAUAUUACCUUGUAUCUGUUUGCGGAGGCGGCCAUCAUCGCUACUGAUAUCGCCGAGGUCAUUGGUUCCGCCAUCGCACUGAAUCUUCUUUUGCACAUUCCUCUCGUGGCGGGAUGUGCCAUCACCCUCGUCGACGUGCUCAUCCUGCUCCUUUUCUACCGGCCCGACGGCUCCAUGACGCGACUCCGUCUCUUCGAGUACUUCGUCAUGGGCCUGGUACUGGGUGUCAUGGUGUGCUUCUGCAUCCAACUGUCCUACAUCCGAGACACGACGGCCGGGCAAGUGUUCAAGGGCUACCUGCCCUCGGCGGCGGUGGUGGAAGGCAACGGGAUCUACCUGUCCUGCGGAAUCAUGGGAGCCACGGUCAUGCCUCACUCCAUCUUCCUGGGCUCGGGUGUGGUCCAGCCACGGCUGAGGCAGGUUGACGAGCAAAACGGCCACAUGGUCGCCCUCGUCUCGGAGGACGAAGAGGGCGAGAAAUACCGCCCGUCCAUCUACGCCAUCCGGGCCUGCCUCAAGUAUUCGAUCGUGGAGCUCGCGUCGUCGCUCUUCACGUUCGCCCUGUUUGUCAAUUCGGCCAUCCUCAUCGUGUCGGGCGCCUCGCUCUACCCCUCGACCGCCGCCACCGACGCCGACCUCUUCGGCAUCCACCGACUCCUGAGCCAGAACCUGUCCGCCGCCGCGGGCACCUUGUUCGCCCUGGCGCUGCUCCUGUCGGGCACGUCGGCGGGCAUCGUGUGCACCAUGGCCGGCCAGAUGGUGUCCGAGGGCAUGCUGCGCUGGACCAUCAAGCCCUGGAUGCGGAGGCUCGUCACGAGGUCCGUCAGCAUCGUCCCCAGCAUCGUCAUCGCCGGCGCCAUCGGCCGCGGCGGGCUCAACCAGGCCCUGACCGCCAGUCAGGUCGUCCUCAGCGUCAUCCUGCCCUUUGUGACCGCCCCCUUGGUCUGGUUCACCAGUCGCAGCCACAUCAUGACCGUGCCGGACGAGAGUGGCGUCCACGGCGGGGCCCCGGUCAACAUGCGAAAUGGCUGGGUGGUGACGGCGUUGGCCGUCAUCAUCUGGCUGGUGCUCGUGGUCAUGAACGUCGCAUUGCUCGCCCUCGUCGGUCUGGGCAAGGCGUGAGAAGUCGGGGACCGGGUUGGCGGGGACACAGAGAUAUCAUGGUGGAGGGACACUGAGUACGAAGGGAAGAUGUCUGCGGUGGGUAGCUUUGCAUUCGGUACCCAGGCAUGACGGUAAACGUCGUUCGAUCCUUUAUUUACCUGCCUAGAUGCCCACACUCGUUCUGUUCACGUCGAUGGAGUCAGGAGGGUAGGGAGGGAUGGUCGGGAAAGGGUCAACUACGUUACAAUUAUAGGUGGUGACAGGAUUAUACAGAGUAGAUGGUCGGAUGGCAUACUGCUAUUACAAUCAUACACCGAGUCAAGGGUGUUUUCAUAAGCUUCGUGUCUUCGGCGAGUCACAAGGCAUCAGACAACAGAGUGUUACAACACAAUAGCGUAUUAUAC